CAAGAGGGUUUUUGCCAAGGCAGGUUGUUGGAUUUAAGACCUUUCUUCCCAUUAAUGCUGAAGUCAGGAGAGACCAGCAGCUGCUUCAUGACAAGAAAGAACUAGCAGCCCUGCUUCCUCUGGAAUUUUAACUGGAGAAAACGUCACAGUACAAUGAGGCUGUGCACAGGGGUUGUUUUCUGCUCCUUGGUCCUGGGAGUCAGCAGUGAAAGCUGGUAUUCAUUCUUCAAGGAGGCCAUCCAAGGGGCUGGGGACUUGUGGAGAGCCUAUUGGGACAUGCAAGAAGCCAAUUACCAAAAUUCAGACAGAUAUUUCCAUGCUCGGGGAAACUAUGAUGCUGCUCAGAGGGGACCUGGGGGCAUCUGGGCUGCUAAAGUGAUCAGCACUGCUGGGAAGUAUUUUCAGGCGCUCCUAAAUCAGUAUUAUUUUGGAGGCGGCACCGAUGGAUUGGAAAACAUUCAGGCCAAUAAGAAGGCUGAAGAAUGGGGCCGAAGUGGCAAAGAUCCCAAUCGCUUCAGACCUCCCGGCCUGCCCGAGAAGUUCUGAGCUCACUGCUCCUGCUGUUGUCAGGAAACUAGGCUGGGAGCCACACGCCUCUCCCUGAUGCAAAGUAACUGGACUUCAUGUCCCAGAAACUGGCACAGGGCAUCCAAAGUUGGCCAAUAAAUGUUUGUCAAAGUGAAUUUGUUGAUGGAAACUGGAAAUUCUGAGAUUGACUUUCUGAGAAGAAUGACCAUCUUGUGCCAUAAAGGAUGUGUGACUGUGGGCUUGCAAGGACCCCCAACUGGCCUGUGACAAUGCAGGCCCCUCACAUGACCCCACCAAAACCGCACUCAUUCUUAGUGACCCCAGCUUCUCAUACCGAGUAAGUCUGAGCUGGCAAAGCACUGACCAUCAUGCUGGGUCCUCAUGACUCCACAGCUGGCACAAGCUACAGACAGCCUCCCAUCACUCUCUGUAACACAGGUUAGACCUCUCUCCCUCUUCCUAUUUGUGGUUACACCCAGGCCUCUAUGGCUGUUCCCAGGCCUCUAUUGCUGUUCCCAGGCCUCUCUAAAUACAGACUCUACCUUGCCCAAUCAGCUGCAUCCCGUCCACUGUCUGGCUCCAGAUCUUGUCCCUCAUGACCUCCUUCCAUAUUGAGGAGGUACAUUGCUUUGGGAAGCGUAAUCCCUGGAACCCUAUCCUAGAAAUCAUCAUCUUGGACUCCAUCUUAUUUCUUAACAAUAUCAGUGCCUACCCCAACUAAAUUUUUAACUAGUCUCUGCUCGUUUUACCUAAUGAAUAUCUCUCACAUUAGUUUUUCUUAUCUUUAGUCUCACCGUCUUUUGUUUUGGAUAAAAUACUACUUCCUGUUAUAGAGGGGAAAGGAGAUAUAUAGAUAGACACAAAAUAACUAAAUAUGAAAGGCCGUUGUAAAGUUUGCACAUCUUUGUUAAGGCAGAAAAUUCCAGUUAAUUUACUAAUAAAGCCAAGGUUUUCUUUUCAAAGUAGGUCAGUCUAGUUUCAAGGAACAGUAAAGCAUUAAUAUAGAGGAAGAUUCUAAAGAUAAGAAGGGACGGAAUAACUGCUGCACCAAAGUCAAAUGGAAGCCUAAGGAGGUAGAUCAAGCCCAUAGGUGAUGGGUUAAUCCCCAAAUGAGUAGUGUAAUAGUUAAUUUGAAUUGUUGAUUUGAUUGGAUUAAUAGAUGCUGAUGAUCAAGA